GUAGUGGGAAAAUUAAGAAAAAAAAAAUAGCACACAGUAGGGGAUAGAUAGUAGGACGCAUCCUCUCCCCUUUGAGGCAGUUUCGCAAAUGCGUUUGGGGGGAGACCAGUUGAGUAGUCCAUCACCAAGGCGCAGCGGUUUCACAUGUGGGGAUAAGAACGAACUGGAAAGUUCACCCAAUUUAAGGGGAAAAAAGUGAGGGGAGGAAGGGUCCAUUUGAUGGGCCACGCAAAGAGUGCACAUAAAUAUUGUGCCUUUUUUUUUUCCCCCCAAAGUCACGCAAGUGCAAACUUAUGUAAGUGCAUCCCACUAGACCAUGUACACAAUCGACUUUGUAAAAGAGGAAAAGUACGUCCGGAGGGUGGGAGAUUUGUGCGGGGAGUACUAUGUGCCCUUCGCACUGCCAGGGAGGUACAAGUGCAAUGUGGAAGACAUAGAAAAUGUGCUGCACAUAUGGAUGAGCAAAAGUAGUAAAAUAAAAGAUAAAGACGUAAAGGAUGACGAGAAGGGGCUACUGCUAUUCGGAUCCAUAUUCAGAGAAACCAAUUUUUCUUUAAUUCUGUCCAAGUCGAGAUAUGAACAGAACAUAUGUGCGUGGAAAAUAUUAUGGUGUGCAUGGAAGGACAUAUUUAAACAAACAUUUAAAAAGAGUGGAAAUAAAUAUAUGGAGAACUACGAAGCAGACAUUAUUCGGUUUCAAGCUGGGUGUAUUUAUCUCCUAUUUUUGCUAUACUUUAGCCAACACGUGGAAGAAAAUAAUUUUCCCUACCCCUUGUACAUGUCACCACACAUAAUGAAUCUCUGUUUGGACGUGACAGAAGAGUGCGAGAGGAUGUGUGUGUACAAUGACUUGAGGCAUAUUUUAAAUUUUAUGAUGGACUCCAAUUCGAUCAUCCUCAGUUGUAAUGACAGCUUUGCUGGGGAUUUCCAGGACCGGUAUGGCGCCCCUCUCUACAUUGACAAAGGCAAAUUGGGGGUGGAAAAUUGCGCAGAAAUUAAUGACGUGGAUUUGCCCUCUUACUUUGCACACUUCCAGGCGGAGGUGAAGGAUCUCUGUGAGUUGUGCGACACGCAGAGGAGGAAAAGCACCCUGAGCAACACAUCUGCGCACAGCCUGCGCGCCAAGUUUGAGCUCGUGAGGCGGGCGCUCACGGAGGACGACUUGGUGUAGGGGCUGCCCGCGCGGCGGGUUUUGCGUCCCGUUGUGCAGUUGUGCAGUUGCGCGUGGUUUGUUGCGAUCGUUUAUUUUGUUUUUUUUUUAAUUUAUUUUUUUUAUUAUUAUUUUUUUUUUU